GGCUUCUCCAGAACAAUUGCAUCCCCCAAACCUAAAGGCUCUCCUGUCCCGGCGUAUCAAGUCCAAGAGUAGGUGCCGCAGACAAGAAUUGGUGGAGCACGGGAGCAGCCGCACAUCCUUACACUCUGCGAUUCGCUGAAACGGCCCAAUCCCACACCACCACUCUCUCCUUCCAGUUUCCGCCUGUCGGGUUUGCGGUACACAGCGUCAGACGCGCUUCUCUGACGGCGUCUAAGCAGGAGUGCGGCCAGCCCGUAGCCCCUGACUGCGGCCCGUUGUGCGCAGGUCUGGUUACACCCAAGUACUACAAAGGCGCACAAAGUAUCGUCAGCAGCAUCUCAGUAUGCCUGCCAUAGGCGACGCGCUCCGCAAGCUCAACCCCUGGCACAAGGAUGCCGCGCCUCCACCCCCGCCAAUUAGUCCCCGCACGGCCGUCUUCCUCCUCGUCCUCUACGCGCUCGUCUACUUCGUCCCCUUCUACCUGUCGCCCGCCACCCGCCCAUCCUCAACCCUUUCUCGGGAUGCGCCGUCAGUUAUCCGCGCCCGCAUCCGCUCUGUGACGCUGUCAUGUCUCCUCUGCACGGGCGUCACCUACCUGGUGCUCACGCACCCCCGCCCGGACGACGGCCACACCAUAACCCCGCGUGAGGCGCUGCACCAUCUCGGCCUCUGGCCGCUCGCGCUGUGGGACUCUCUGCGGGUGCUGUUCCUCACGGCCCUGCUAUUCACGGGGCCGCUGUUCAGCUACCUCGUCGUUGAGCGCGGCUGGGCAGACUGGAUUCGGCUGGCGCCGCUCAAGGAAGUCUGGGAGGAAUGGACAACCUGGCGCAACAUUGUCGCCGGCCCAAUAACCGAAGAAGUCCUCUUCCGCACCGCCUCCAUCCCCCUGAUGCUCAUCGCCCAGUCACCGCUGCGGCACACCAUCUUCCUGACGCCCAUCGUCUUCGGCCUGGCGCACGUGCACCACUUCUACGAGUUCCGUCUCUCGAACCCGCAGGUCCCUGCCGCCAGGGCCCUGGCCCGCUCGCUCUUCCAGUUCGCCUUCACCACCGUUUUCGGCGCGUACGCGACCUUCCUGUUCCUGCGCACGGGCUCGCUUGCCGCCGUGUGCGCCGUCCACGCCUUUUGCAACUGCCUGGGCCUGCCCCAGGUUUGGGGAAGGGUGGAGCCCGUGCCGGUGCUGGCGGGCGGAGAUGUUGGGGAGAAUGGAGGAGGAGGACGGCAGCAGCAGCAGCAGCGGCGGCGGGGUGUGGAGAGGGCCAGCAUCUUGUGGUCGAUGGCAUACUAUUUCUUGUUGGGUGCCGGGGCCGUGAUGUGGUACAGGAGCCUGUGGGUAUUGAGCGAGAGUCGGAAUGCAUUGGUGCCAGGCUCGGCGUUUGGGAAAGGUUCUUCUUGAGAACGUUUGAAUACCGUGGGUUUGGUGGCUGGCACUGGAAAGUGUACGCUUUUGGGAAGUUGAUUGUUGGGGUGUGGCAAGCUAGGUAGUCGCACAAUGAUACCAGGGGGCUGCACAGGGGGUUUGAGAAAGCGCAGGUAUGGGUAGCGUCUGUAUGUCAUCAUAAUAGUUUCUCAACAUGAACAUCACACUCAUCGGUCCUUGCCCGGCUUA